AUGAGUAGUUUACUUCAUAUCGGAGGCCGGCGGAUGAAGGUAGCAGAGGCGGCUCAAGGAAGGAGAAUCGCGUCGGCCGGCUUGGGUUUCAAGCCGGGCGUGGGGCGGGGGAGCAAGGUGACAUGGCGGUUUGUGAAUGGCCCAAAGAAAAGAGCCGUUGGGCUAGCCGUUGGCCAACGGCUAUAUUUAAAAAAAAAAAUCUUCCAUUUUUUCACUAUAAAAAACUCACAUUUUACUUCCAUUUUUACCACAUUCAACCACAUCUUCUAUACAUCUUCCAUUUUCCUUCUACAAAACGAAAAAAUAUAUCCUUACAACCGUCAUUUUGACCCGAACAACCCGUAUGGAUUCCAAGAAAAUAAUCCUAGCCCACCACCCACUCGUCCACUAGCUCGUCCGUUUUUCAUACAAUCUCCUACGCCCGAAUUAGCAAGUUAUGCAUCGUAUAUCGGGAAUCGUUUAUAUACUAACUUCCCACAAACCGAAGAUUCAAUACCUACCCCCUUUUCACAAUCGCCCAUCGACCUUUCACCAACCUCCAUCGACCUUUCACUAAACGAGUCCGUUCCCGAAACUCAACCACCCAAAGAGGGUCCUUCCGCAUCGAAACCCAUCAAAACAAGAAGUCAUGAGAAAAAAACCGAGGAGGAUAAAGUAGUUGAAACCGCCAAACGAAAACAACAAAAAUGGGUCUAUGCUGAAGAAGUUGCAUUGGCGAGGGCUUGGUGUGAACAAUCUCAACAUUCAACUUUAGGAAAUUCGCAACAUCGAACCGCCUUGUGGGGUUAGUAGGAAAUUCCAUGAAGAAAUGGGUAGGGAGACUUAUCGUGAAAACGAUAGCUUAUCCUCAAAGUGGACCGAAAUAAGCACCCAACUUACAAAAUUUAGUGGGUGUUUAAAUAAAGCAUAGCAAAACCCUAAAAGUGGUGAAACCGAAGCCGACAUUUUGACAAAUGCACUGGUCGCAUACAAAUCAAAUAUGAAGGCCGACUUCCGUUUCAUGCAUUGUUGGGAGAUUUGUAAAUUCCAUCCAAAGUGGUCGACUGUCCCCAUUGGUAGCGAAACUAACUCGUCUUCCAAAAGGUCAAGGGCCUCAUCCCAAGCCGAAUCUGAUGCACGAGAUCAAGAGUUUGAGGACCUUUUGGAUGAUUCGCCAAGCCCAAACCGGCCUGAGCAUGGAAGAAAUGCCUCAAGAAGGCGUGCUAAAAAACAAACGGCAUCGCCUUCAGCUGGGAGUUCUGGCUCGCGUAGGGGAAUAUACAGCGACCAGUUGGAUGACAUUUCAUGCAAGUUGGAUACAUUCAACGUAUUCCAACAACAAAGGGCCGAAAUACGAAUGAGCAAAGAAGUUAGAGAUGCCGCUAGAGAUGCCCUGAAACAAAGACGGGAUGAUUUGAAAAUUCUAUCCCAGCCGAUUGAUCACCUACAGGGUGACGAGUUAGAAAUAGUGUUGGCGUUGAGAGAAGAGAUAAAAGCCAAAU